CCCCCCCCCCCCCAACCCUUCUUGCAGUCAAUCAUGUUUCAUACUCGAUUCAGCAACCUUUUCACGGCGAUGUCUGCAUAGAUGAUAAGCUUUAAUUAAGUAUCGAAUCUGUCAAUCUUUGGUUGAUGUUGCAAUUCAGCGCUACAGUACUCACUUGAAGAACUUUCAAAGUCUGAGGAUCGGGUCCAGGGAGUAGAUCAAAAGAUUUGUCAGGCUCUCUCAGCGAUGCAGAACAUGAACAGCUAAACAUUAUCACAUUGUUUCGUUUUUGGCGACAUUCAGCUCAUAUCCCCACAUUGAGUCUGCCCUUUAUCCAUUUAAUUUUGCCGUGAUUAGGUUUCUCUCAUAACGUACUGUCCCAGAAUAUGCACUUUGGCGUUUCGCCCCAUGUUGUAAGAUGCUACUAGAUCUCGAGUCAAAUUGCCCAUCAGUAUUAUUCCAGAGUGUAACAUGUAAAUUUUACUUUCUUGCAAGUAAGUUGCAAUGCUGCAUUGUUGAACUAACAAAAAGCAAUCUCACUGUGCUCUGUUGAGCAAUGCCUCCUCAUGUUUUCUGUCGGUCCCACAUGACAUACGAUGGGGCAAUUCGACUGCCAAGUCGAGAGGUUGGGAUUUCCCACAAAGUACCUCCAUCGAUGGUGAAAACAUAACAGAUUCAGUUAGGCGUCAUCUGAUGACAUGGUAAAGAUUGAUGAACUAAAUUCGUGAAAUAACUGAUAAAAACGUCACACAUUACGUUACAGAAUGCCGGAGAGGGUUGAAACAAAUGUGUCGCCCACACUGUCAGCCAAGGCGCUUGGAAGCUCUUGUCCUCCUCGAACCGUAAUUCCACCACCGUCAACAGUCUCGCUGCUUUCAUUUAGCUUUCCCCCGAGGAAAUUCAUCAUACUAGGAUUAUCAGUAGUUGGGAUUGCAGGCAUCUACGUGCUGGUGAAGAAGGGGAAGUUGACCCUCCCUCGAACAUCAACCCUGAGAUCGUGGAAAUUCCCCAAUUUCGAUUUGCGACAGUACCUCCCUCAUUUACGACUCCAACCAACUUUAAGUGCCUCGGAGAAAUCAAACUCGCUACACUUUGGCCAGCUCAAAUUUGGCUAUCAAGAUGUGUUUGAUGUGGAGUCGGCCAUUACCGGAUUUGGAAGCCAGGAUUGGGAGCAGACACACGCGCCGGCUACUCAAACUGCGGUAGCAAUUGGCCGGAUCCUUCAGUCAGGAGCAGCAUGCACUGGAAAGCAAACAAUGGACGAAUUCGGCUUAAGCAUGUUUGGUAGAAAUAAACGUGAUGGGAUAGCCGAGAAUCCUGUGGUUCCGAAAUAUUUCGCAGGAGGAGCGGCGAGUGGCUCUGGUGUUGCAGUUGCCUCCAAUACCUGCGACUUUGCACUUGCGCUUGAUACAAUAGGAGGAGUACGAAAUCCUGCAUCAUUUUGUGGCAUUUUUGGGUACCGAGCGUCUCAUGAAGCUAUCUCAACAGUCGGAGUAACCCCAGUUUCACCGAGUCUCGAUGCUGUAGGGGUGUUGUCGAGAGAUGUACAUGUGUUGCACCAAGUAGUGAAGCUUCUGUUGCAACAACCGGAUUUGGAACGGGGUCUCCCCUCUUCCGUUCUUGUUGCUGAUGAUUGCUUCUCGCAGUCCUCAAUUUCAACCGUUCGAACUGCGGAUCUGAUUGCGAGGGCCGUCUCCGAGACACUCGGACGCAGUCUCGUACACCAUGUGAAUCUGGGAGCGCUCAUUGCGUCCAGUGUGCCAACUCUGAGGAACUUUUUGAUGGAGGAGGAGCGGCUCCUCAAACAAGACACAUCUCGCUACACAACUUUUGAUGGUCUUCGAGACGCCAUGCUCUUGAUAUUGCGGGGAGAGUUCAGAGACAAACACCGAAAGUGGUUCAAGGAUGUGGAUCCAGAGCUAUCCUCGGACGUCGAUGUGCGUGUGAAAUUUGCAAUGGCUCCUUACAUAGAUGGAUUGCACAAAAUGGCUCUCAAAAUCAAAGAGGAAACGCGGGCCGCCAUGAAUGAAAUUCUACUGAUGGAUUCGCUACUAGUGAUGCCAUCAACUCCAAGUUUGCCACCUCUUAAAGAAGCCAAGGGUAAAGAAUUGGAGAUCUUUGAAUCAAGGGCUUUGAGUAUGCUGAGCCUUGCAUCCAUGUCAGGUUGCUGUCAGGUGACUGUUCCUCUGGGAAGCGCUCGAGGAAUACCGAUAAGUGUGUCUGUGUUGGCCAGACAUGGUGGUGACAUGUUCCUACUGGAGUCUUUGAUGGAAUUGAAUGCAAGGAUCCAGAUGGAAGUUGAUGUACUGAGGCAGAUAAAACCAAGUGUGAAGGAUAACCAUAUUAUUGCAAGAAAUUCAGUUCUUCAGGAAAUUUCGCCAGAUCUAAAAACUGGGAAACGACGACGUCCAACUACCUGAACCUUAAAAAUACGCAACAUAUAGUUUAUGACCUACCCUGUUGUUACAUGGCUUCCACUGGAAGAUUCAGUGCAUCCCAACGCCAGAAUUUCUUUCAACGUCCUAGAGUCUCAAAUUCGAGACUCCAAUUUGAGACCCCAUGAUCAAAUGCAAUGCGUAAGAUUUAAAGCUUAUCUUGUACACCAA